CCUAACCUCAAUUAUUCAGUUUUUGUUAAAAACAAAGUACAAUCCUGUCAAUUUUGAGUUUCUGAAUUCCUAAAUAAUGAUUUAUUGACAAAGAUCAAAUAAGACUCUUAUAAACUGUGAUAGUUUCGUUUAAAUCCGAUGGAAUAUUCUAGAUGUGACCAAAAAUAUGAAUCUGUUGAGGAAGUAAAUCAACAGAACUAUUUUUCCUAUCUCAACUUGAAAAAAUCAGGAUUACCAGCAGAUCUAAAUGUCCAAGGGCAAGAAAGAGUAGUUAGACGUACAAGAAGAGUUGUAUACAGACAUAUUUUGGAAAUGCCUAACAUUAAAAACCUUGGUAAAGGGGAAAAAGAAAAAAAUUCAACUGUUGGAGAAAAAUCUAAAGAUGCUGGAGGAAAAGUGUCAAAGAGGAAGAAUCUCCGAAGUAAUAAUAAACCUCAAAAUAAUUCAAAUAUCCCUUUAAGUACUAUCUCAGGAAAAAAGUCAUUUAAGAAUUCUGAUCAACAUCAUCUUAUAAGAGCAGUAAACAACUUCGAGAAGUGUACAGUUAAUCCAUUACCAAAUGAUUGUACUUUAAAAUUGGUUCCAUAUGAUGGUUCAAAAUUACACCCUCAUCAAGUAGAAAAAAUUCAAUCUGUAGUUGAUCCAAAAAAAGGACGCCUGUUGAAGAGACCUAUUGGUCCUUCAGUCCAUCAAAGUGUUGCUGAAAAUAUUCAAUACCUGGAAGAUAAGAAAAUACCAUACAAAAAAAGAAAACUUAUGAACUAUUUCCCAUCACCUAGCACCAUUAAGCUAGAUAUUGAAACUGAAAGAAAACGAAAGGAAGAAGGACUACAGAAUGGGAAGGUUAAAGAAGUUGAUGAAGGUCACAGCAAUGAAACAAUACCAAAAAUGCAGAAUUCAAUCAAAAAUUGCGAUCAGGUAGACCAUCAAUCGACUGAUCUUUCAUGUAUAAUACAUUCUUCCCUCGAAUCAAGCAACAGUGAUUUGCAAACAGAUACUAUAAAACUACCCACGGUUCCUUUAAGCGCAUGUAGUGGAGAAAAUCAAAAUUCUAUGAAAAUCUUAAAUUCAACAAUAAACUCUCUAGAACAAAGAAGUCCUGUCAGUUACAUAGAGGGUGAACCUCGAAUUGAAGUUCAAACUUCACUGAAGAAUAAUGAUGAAAAAGAUUCAAAUAUCGCGGAAUGUUCUCUAAAAAUUGUUGAGGAUGGGGAUAAUGUAACAGAUGGAACACAGAUGAUAUCGGAUAUUCCUAAUAGGAGUUGUGAUGAUGAGAAUCCACAUGCAAUAGUCAAAUUGAUCCCACUUGAAAAAUCUGUUGAACCAUCACCUAGGAGCACUAAGGUAGAUAUUGAAACUGACAAAAAACAAAAGGAAGAAGGAAUACAGAAUGGGAAGGUCAAAGAAGUUGACGAAGGUCACAGCAAUGAAACAAUACUAAAAAUACUGAAUUUAACCAAAAAUUGCGAUGAGGUAGACCAUCAAUCAACAGAUCUUUCAUGUACAAUACAUUCUUCCCUGGAAUCCAGCAACAGUGAUUUACAGACAGAUUUUAUAAAACUACCCACGGUUCCUUUAAGUGCAUGUAAUACAGAAAAUCAAAAUUCUACAGAUAUUUUGAAUUCAACAAAACACUCUCUAGAACAAAGAAGCCAUGUCAGUAACAAACAAGUUGAACCUCUUAUUCAAGUUCAAACUUCAUUGAAGGAUAAUGAUAAAAAAAAUUCAGAUACCACAGAAUGUUCUCUAGAAAUUGUUGAGGAGGGGAAUAAUGUAACAGAUGGAACACAGAUGGUUUCGAAUAUUCCUAAAAGGAGUUGCGAUGAUGGGCAUCAAAAUGCAAUAGUUAAAUUGAUGCCACCUGAAGAUUCUUUUGAACAUUCCAUCAAUGGAGAAUACAUGUUGGAUGUUGCAGAGAUUACACUAGAUUAUUCUGGUGAGCAGAGUGAUGAAUGGAUCAAAAAUGAUGUACUGGGAACAACAUCUCCCAUACAAGAUGAUGUAAGUGCAGAACUUCUAAUGAAUGAUAAUAUGUUAGUGCGUGAUAUUGAAAAUAACAAGGAUGUAAAGGUAGUUCUGGAGUUUGUUGAACAACCUCCAAAGGAACGGGAGGCAGAGGAAUGUUCUGUGGAAUCUGGCAAAUCUAAAGAUCAUGCUCAGAAAAUAGUUCAAUUAUUUCCCCAAGAUAGUUGUGAAGAAAAGCAGGAAAAAAUCGAAAUGGAUGAAAAAAAAUAUUUAUUACAUACUAAUGAUGUAAAAAAAGAGAGUUUUGAUCAUGAAAUACAAAGUUCCUUGGAAUGUAACAAAGAAAAAACAAGUGAUUUGAAUGUGAAUAGCUCAGAAUUAAGCGAUAGAAAAGGUCAGAUUGCAGAGGAAAUUCUAAAAAUUAUGAAAUAUUCCCUUGAAAAUAAAAGGAAUAACAAAGGUUUUCUAGAUAAUGGAAGGGAUUUCCUCAAAAUGAAAAAAGAGUUGACAAAUGUCUCUAAAACAGAUUUUCUGACCACUAUAUUUUCGACAGGAAAUUUAUUGAAUAAUUCGUUCGGAAAUAAGAAACAACCUGCUAAAUAUCAAAAUAAAAGAAAAAGGAUAUUUAUGACGACCAGUAUAGAAAUGUUGAGAAUAAUAAAAGAGAUGCGCGACAUUUCAAUAGACGACGAUUUGUUAUCUCAACCAAUUAUUGAAAUAGAUGUUCAAAAUGAUGCCCUUCCAAGGGUAAAAAGGGAGAAGUCACCAGAGAAAUUUCCAUCUCGUGAAAUUGUUGAAGACAUUUCAAGAUUUGUACAAAGUGAAAAGACAUGUGAUAAUAAAUUUUCUUCGCCAAUUUUCGAUCCUCACAAUGAUGCCCUUCAGAAAUCAUUGAAAAAAGAUGAGACAUCUCAAGAAAUUGGGGAACGUAGUCAGAAUAGUGCCAUUUCUAUAUUUGCCCAAAGAGUAAGGACACCUGUCAAAGAACCGUCUUUGCCAAUUUUCGAUGUAAAUCGUCAAAGUGAUGCCCCUCCAAGAUCGAUACAAAAAGAAAAGUCAUUGGAGAAAUUUUCAAAUCGUGCAACUCUCAAAAAAAGUGGUCGAAGUAUUGUUCGAAGGUCGAAAUUGAAAGAAAAAUCAUUAGAGGAGUUACCACCGCGUGUGAUUUCUGAGGAAGGUCAUCACAAUGAGACUAUUCCGAUAUUGAUACGAAUAGAAAAAUCACCGGAUAGAAUGAAAGAGGAAAAACAAGAAUCGCAGACACUCGACUCUGGUGGUAGAUUCGGUUCAGUUUACAAUGUAUCAGAAUUCAUACAGAAAGUUGAAGAAUUUCAGGAUGAGUCUGAUUCGAAAGUUAGGGACCUGGAAAUAAAAGAUAUUGUCAAUUCGGAAGUGGAACCUAGUUGCAUCGAAGUGAUACAUUAUAAACCUUCUAACCAGUAUAUGUUCGACAACGGGCUGCGUAGAUACUGCAACUUCUGUAAUGUGGGUUAUAUGAAUAAAAUAGCCAUGGAGAGACACAUGGAAAGUUGCAGAUUGAAGCCUUGUAACGUUAAAAUGAAUCCGAUCGGGAUAUUUUAUUGCAAAAUAUGCAAUUUUGGUAUAACUGAUGAAGUUUACUUCAAGCAACACGAGGAGAAGUGUCAAAAUGAUUAUCUGUGUAAACGGAGUAAUAUAAGCAACUCCACUUCGGUAGGUAAAACCAGUUCGAAAAUCAAGAAAAAUCGUUCGACACGGAGGUAUAAAUGCCCCCACUGCAAAUACGCAUCGAACAACGUGGGACACAUGAGCAUGCACAAGAGAAUACACGAUAAAAUUCCUCUGUGCGUUUGCGAAGUAUGUAGGAAAGGUUUCAGCAGAUUGGACUCUCUAAAAAUACACAUGUUCAGACACAUCGAUGUCGCCCAAGACGUGAACGAAUUGGAUAAAAUCAAGAUCAGAGGCGGAAACAUCUUCAAGAGCACCUUAGAAGUGACAAUCAAUAAUAAAAAAUUUACCGUUUUGAAAUACGCAUGUUCCCAGUGUGAUUAUACCACUCCCAUUGCGGAGAGCAUGAAUAAACAUUUCGAUUCGAUGCAUCUUAACAUUACAAGCUUCCGGUGCAAUCUGUGUAACUUCACGACUAAGAUGAAAUCCAACCUCAAACAGCACCUGAAUUGGCACCUGAGAGAAAGGACUUUUAAGUGUUCGUUUUGCCCUUACGAAACUUUAAACAAGAGUUAUAUAAAAAAGCACGAGAAUCAGAUCCAUCUGAAAGCCAUUUCUUUCAAAUGUUCUCACUGCGAUUUUAAGACUUAUCGUAAGGAGAAUCUUAAGGCCCAUAUCAAUAAUGCUCACUUGAAAGAGAAGAAGUUUUCCUGUGAAAGAUGUGAUUAUGUCUCGUAUGUACAGUCCAAUCUGAUUAAUCAUGUGAAAACUGUACAUGAAGGCAUUAAAAGGAAGAAGAAGUGAUGUUUCCGUCGGCCGUCAAGUCCUUUUUACUUGCUAUUUAUUACUGUGAGGUUUACCUUUCCGCUGUCAGAAAGGAAAGUUUUGAAGGAGAGGUGUUGUUUUGUUUUUUGUUUAUAUUUAAUUUUAUUUUAUGAUGUUCGUUCAAUAAAAUUUGUAAAGUAUGGUA